GCAUUUUUAUUUUAAAACUGGCCCUGGUGUUCAUGUUAUAUGCAUACAGAAGAGAAGUAAUUUGGGGAAUACACAAAAAUGGAAGAUGAUGCCGAUAUAAGAGAACAAAUUUUUCACAAUAAUGUCAGAGAGCAGAUUAUAUUUCUAUUACUCUUUCUUCUGCUGUAUUUCUCUUCGUACUGGCUGAUUGGAUGGUUUCGUCGCAAAGAGCGCGAUGAUUUUUACACUUGCGCCUACGACGACGAUGGCGAGGCGACGGUGUACAGAAUCAGCCUUUGGCUCUGCACAUUCGCCCUUGCAGUCAGCGUGGGAGCAGCACUUUUACUACCUAUGUCUAUUGCAAGUAACGAAGUGCUGAUACUGUAUCCGAACAGCUAUUAUGUCAAGUGGCUGAACAGCUCACUGAUUCAAGGAUUGUGGAACCAUGUAUUCUUGUUUUCAAAUUUAUCACUAUUCGUACUUCUGCCAUUUGCGUAUCUGUUUGCGGAGUCUUCCGGAUUCGAAGGAACGCGAAAAGGAGUUUUGGGCAGAGCUUACGAAACCGUCACAGUAUUAACCUUAUUGGCGGUUGUCGUUUUGGGAAUUACUUAUGUUAUGUCGGCGUUAAUUGACAAGGAUAAUUCUAGUAUACAGACUCUACUAAAUUUGUGGAGUUAUUACUUGCCUUUUCUGUAUUCGUGCAUAUCAUUUUUGGGGGUGCUUAUGUUAUUAGUGUGUACACCCUUAGGUUUUGUAAGAUUAUUCGGAGUAGUCGGGCAAUUUUUAGUCAAACCUCAAUUUCUCAGGAAUCUUAAUGAAGAAUUCUUUGCCUAUUCGUUAGAGGAAGAAACCACUAGAAGAAGACUGAAACAUGCCAUAGAUACUGGUCAAGGAUACCUUAGCCCUGCACCAAUGGCGCCUCCUCCUUGUAGUCCAGUCAUGGAUGAUGAAUUUGACCAAACAGAUUUGCCGUUGUCAAAAACAUUGUUAUUGAAAAAUGGUUGUUUACAGCGAGGUUUGAAUGAAAGGCUUUUGCAACUAACUCAGACAAGACAAAUUCUCGAUAAACAAAGGCAUACAUCUGCUUUACAGAGGAACCUCGUUUACCCUUUGGCGAUGUUGCUUCUUUUGACUUUGACUACGAUUACAGUUUUAAUGGUGUUGCAAAACACUUUAGAACUGUUAAUUGGAAUCAAAGCACUACCCUUGAGUUCAAGGCAAUUCACUCUUGGUAUAAGUUCAUUAUCUAAACUUGGACCUUAUGGAGCCGCUUUAGAAGUUACUCUGAUUCUGUAUUUGUUUGCUACUUCGUCUGUGGGACUAUAUUCUCUACCUCUACUAUCUAAAGUACGGCCCAGGCCUCGUGGAACGCCCUUAUCACAUGUCAUAGCAAAUUGUGCCUUGGUGCUGGUACUGAGUUCAGCUCUGCCUUUGCUUAGUAGAAUUUUAGGUGUCACAAACUUCGACCUUAUGGUUGAUUUUGGCAUAGAAUGGUUAGGA